UCCGGCGCGGCGGCGCCGUGCACGGACCGUCGGUAGCGCCCGAAAGCGCCGCAGCUUUGUCUGUGAGCGACAGCGGGUGGCUCGGGAGUUACGGAGGAAAUGGUGGCUGCCGGGGAAGGCGAUUCUGCAGCGCUGUGCGCGGGGACAGCGGGCCGCGCUGCGCCCUCGGCCGCUGGAAACUGCCGACUCCUGCGCCCUGUCCUUGCUGCGCGGGGGUGGUGCAGCGAGGCCCGGAGGUCUCGUAGCAGCGUCGAGGCUCCUCAGUUUCUCGUAGUGGAAGGAAGUAGGCAGCUUUUCUCUGUACAGUCAGGAGAUGAUUUGCUGCUGCUUAGGCCGCUUAACAGCUUUAAAGAGAACGAUUUUUUUCUUUGGAAGUAGAUAAAAUGGCGACAUUAAUUCACACUUUAGCAGAUCACAGCGAUGAUGUCAACUGCUGUGCCUUCUCACCAUUGCUCUUGGCUACUUGUUCCUUGGACAAAACAGUUCGUAUUUAUUCUUUAAAUGACUUUACUGAGCUUUCAUACUCACCUUUGAAAGGUCAUACAUAUGCUGUCCACUGCUGCUGCUUCUCCCCAUCGGGACACAUUUUAGCUUCGUGUUCAACGGAUGGUACUACCAUGGUUUGGGACACUCGCGAUGGUCAGGUGCUGGCAGUGCUUGGGCAGCCCAGUGGCAGCCCGGUUAGAGUCUGCCGAUUUUCCCCAGAGUCCACGUAUCUGGUGUCAGGUGCAGCGGAUGGGAGUGUAGUUCUUUGGAAUAUGCAGUCAUUGAAAAUGUACAGAUCUGGGAGUGUUAAAGAUGGUUCUUUGGUGGCCUGUGCGUUUUCUCCGAAUGGAAAUUGCUUUGUCACUGGAUCAUCAUGGGGCGAUAUAACCAUUUGGGAUGAUACAAUGAGAUGCCUAUAUAAUGAAAAAGCACAUGAUCUUGGUGUUACCUGCUGUGAUAUUUCUUCACAGCCAAUUUCUGAUGGUGAACAUGGAUCCAUAUACUUCCAGAUGGCUUCUUGUGGUCAAGAUAAUAAGGUCAAAGUCUGGCUUAUUUUGUUUGCAGAUUCCUUAGGUGUUGAAUUAAGAUACAAAUGUACAUUGAGUGGACAUUCUGCCCCAGUUCUGGCUUGUGCGUUUUCUUGUGAUGGACAGAUGUUAGUUUCAGGGUCUGUGGACAAGUGUGUCAUAAUAUAUGAAACUAAUACUGGCAAUAUACUUCAUACUUUGUCUCAGCAUACUAGAUAUGUUACAACUUGUGUUUUUGCACCAUGUACUGCCUUACUUGCCACAGGUUCAAUGGAUAAAACCGUGAACAUAUGGCAAUUUGACAGUAAGCAACCCUGUGCAGGAAAUACUGUAGAAAAUGAAUCUGAGGUGGCUGUUCAGAACUGGUCAGAGGAUGAUGUUUCAGCCUGGCUUUGUGCACAGGGCUUAACAGACCUUGUUGGGCUUUUCAAACAGAAUAACAUUGAUGGCAAAGAACUCCUGCAUCUUACAAAGGAAAGUCUGACUAAUGAAUUAAAAAUUGAGUCUCUAGGCCUGCGCAGUAAAAUCCUUCAGAAAACUGAAGAACUGAGGAUGAAAAUGGUCUCUGUUUCUGUUGCUAUCCCUGAUGAGUUCUUAUGUCCUAUAACUCGGGAGCUUAUGAAGGAACCUGUCAUUGCAGCAGAUGGCUAUUCCUAUGAAAAGGAGGCAAUGGAAAAUUGGAUCAGUAAUAAAAGACGAUCUAGUCCCAUGACAAAUCUUCCUCUUCACUCUCUUAUGCUUACACCAAAUAGGACCCUGAAAAUGGCUAUUAGUCGCUGGCUAGAGACUCAGCAAAAAUAUGGUGAAACCACUUAA